GUGAUCUUUUUAAAUCAAAAGAUUUCCAGGUUGUGGCAGCACAUGAAAAGGGGCUGCUGUCCUAAAAUUUGUAAAAUUUAUCACAUCAUAACUUAUUAGAAUGGCGGGUAUGCUUACGAUAACGUCAAGAAAUGUACCACGGACAAUUUUUAGAACACUAAACAGUUAUUUAGAAAAAUGUGUGACAGAGGUACCUUCCAAGCACAGAGCUUACCAUCAAGGGUUAAAAUCGAUAAGAAAAGUAUUUGUGAAGCCUAGUCAAUCAGUCUUUACAAGACCCCAGUCUAUUUGUUGUAAACAAGUGAGAUAUUUUCGGUCUUCUGCUACCCUUUUUGAGGAAAGCAAAAUUGUAACUGUACCCCCAUUUGCAGAUUCAGUUUCUGAAGGUGAUGUAAGGUGGGAAAAGAAAAAAGGCGACCAAGUCGCUGAAGACGAGGUGGUUUUGGAAAUUGAAACUGACAAAACUUCAGUCCCAGUACCUGCCCCAGCCAAUGGUAUUAUUGAGGAAACCUAUGUUGAUGAUGGUGCAACUGUCAAAGCUGGUCAAAACCUCUUCAAAUUGAAAUUGACCGGAGAUGCUCCAGUUAAAAAAGCCCCUGCUGCCAAGGCCGCCGAGCCAGCUGCAGCCCCACCACCACCACCACCGACCCCUGCUGCUGCCGCCACACCGCCACCUCCACCACCAAAGCCCGCGGCUCCUGCAGCAGGAGGCCCACCGCCGCCACCAAGGCCGGCAGCACCUCUCAGCUCGAUACCCGUAGCCGCCAUAAGGCAUGCUCAGGCCAUUGAAGCUGCCACUGUUAAAGUGCCCCCACAAGAUCCCACCAAAGAAAUUUCAGGAACGCGAACUGAACAACGAGUCAAGAUGAACAGGAUGCGUCUGAAGAUUGCGGAAAGAUUGAAGCAAGCCCAGAAUGUUAAUGCGAUGUUAACCACUUUUAACGAAAUUGAUAUGUCUUACAUCAUGGAGUUCCGAAAGGCCAACCAAGAUGCUUUCCAGAAGAAAUACGGCUUGAAACUGGGUUUCAUGUCGGCAUUUGUCAAGGCCUCGGCUUACGCCCUCCAAGACCAGCCUGUAGUUAACGCCGUUAUUGACGGCCAAGAAAUCAUUUACAGAGACUACGUCGAUAUCUCUGUGGCUGUGGCCACACCCAAGGGUCUCGUCGUUCCUGUCGUCAGGAAUGUUGAAAGAAUGAGUUACGCCGACAUCGAAUUGGCCAUCAACGCUCUUGGCGAAAAGGCCAGGAAAGGAAGUUUGGCCGUGGAAGACAUGGAUGGUGGCACUUUCACGAUCAGUAAUGGUGGUGUGUUUGGUUCGCUUCUAGGGACCCCAAUUAUUAACCCACCGCAAUCGGCUAUACUCGGAAUGCACGGGAUUUUCGAAAGACCUGUGGCUGUUAAAGGACAAGUUGUAAUUCGGCCCAUGAUGUACAUAGCCCUAACAUACGAUCAUAGACUUGUCGACGGACGUGAAGCAGUUUUCUUCCUCCGAAAAAUCAAACAAGCAGUGGAAGAUCCGCGAGUUAUGUUAGCUGGUCUCUAAGAGAUAUUAGGAAAGUGUACAGUACCUAUCGAAAUGAAUUCUCACAAUCACGAAAAGUUUUCAAUUUGUAAAGUUUGAAAAUAACGCAUUUUCUGCUUUUUAGGGUGAUGGUAACGUUCUCUUUAACUUUACGAAUUGGAAUCAUGUAAAAUGCACGCUUAUUCAUCCUUUAUUGUCGAAUUUCAUAACGGUCUUUUGCUAUACAGAUUCAUUGUAGGUAAUGAAUUUAUUGUAUAAGUUUUAUUAAAGUAUUGACGUAUGUAUUGUGGUCCCUUAUUUUGUUAUUUUUUUGUUGGUCAUUAAUAAAAACGUUAAACAAAUUUUGUUCCUGUUGAAGAAAAGUACAACUCGGUAUUACUGAUAGCGGAAUGUAAUCGAUUAUUUAUAAAACAUGUCUAAAUAUACAUUGUGAGAAAUA